AUGUCUGGUCGUCGUAAGACGAUGCCAACAAGACUUUUGGAAACCGUGGAAACUUAUUAUCCAGUAGCAACUGUUGAAUCAAUGCCAAGUACUUCAACCGCUAAUGGUGUUCAAACGGUCAAGGGUACUCUACUGAUAACAGAACCAAAUAAACCAGUGAAAAUGUCCACCGAAAAGCUUAUUAUGGACAACAUUGUUAAGCAAGGAGAAAUAACUAAGCAUCGUAUUAUGAGGGAGUUCACUUCUGCUUCAUCACCUCGAGGGCAAGUUGAUUCGUUGAAGAGCGAUACUUCCAGCAUUUCUGAACAUACCAGCACGUCAGGUUCAGCCGGAGUGACGGAUAUCCCGGAUAUCUUGGCACAAACGGAGCAUGGAUGUCGUGUACUUAUUGAUGGUCACGCACUGCGUGAGGUCCUAAACAGCGUCGACACGUACGACGGCAAACUUGAUCUCGUGCAAGAUCUUAUUCGACAGUUGAAAGCUGUUAAAGAACGUUUGAGCUGUGGUGAAAUACAUAUCAGCAAAGAGGAUAUCGAGGAUACAAGUCUUAAAGAUACGGACGAAUUGGUUGCGGAAGCGAAGGAACAAAACUGUUUUCAGAGAAUGUCAGCUGGGAAUUUAGAUGAAUUCAUGAUUAGGCAACAAUACUUUAUCCAACAACAACAGAAUCAACAACGGUUGCUUGCUAUGGCAUCUGCCCUUCAUGCUGCACAACAUUCCAGCGCUGUACGAUUAGGUUGUAUGCUACCGUCUGCAACAACAUAUGGGCAGUUUUUAAAUGGAACGACACUUGGAAACGAUUGUGGUGUUCGAACUGCGGCGACAGUGCUUUCCCAAAGUGUUAAUAAUGAAAUGAAUAAUGUAACCAAUCAUUUGGGGACAAAGGGGCUCGAUUGUAUUGAUCGAAAUGGUUGCGAAACACCGCUGAAUUUGAGCAAAGUGAAAUUGAAAAGUCCGACAGAUCAUUCCAAAGCACGUAAAGUAACACUGCUGAACAGUACUAGUUCAAAAAAACCAAGCUCACCAUUUGAGCAACAAAUUCCCAACCGACUACCUUGCUCUUCGAUCCCACAUUCUUUUGCCUCCGAAACAUCAGCUUUCACUAGUCAUUCACCGGGUUCAUCAGGAGAAAGCACACCUGGAGGGGUGGUGACUUCAGAUAGUAUUCCGGCUCGAAUUCCUGCCAAGUCACCGAAUCACAUCAAACGCCCGAUGAAUGCCUUCAUGGUCUGGGCACGUGAUGAGCGAAGGAAAAUCUUGAAGGCUUGUCCAGAUAUGCACAACAGUAAUAUUUCAAAAAUCCUUGGAUCGAGGUGGAAGGCAAUGUCUAAUACAGAGAAGCAGCCAUAUUACGAAGAACAGUCCCGAUUGAGCAAGUUGCAUAUGGAGCAACAUCCGGAUUAUCGUUACAGGCCUAGGCCGAAACGAACAUGUGUGGUCGAUGGCAGGAAAGUACGUAUCAAUGAAUACAAGAAUUUAAUGAGAAACAAAACAGUGGCAAAUUCAGUUGGUACCACUGGUUGUUCGUCUGCUACAAGUGAAUGGAGUAGUGACGUUGAUCAGUGUGGAGCGACUGUGAGUCCUGGAUCUGGUUCCAGUCAAUCCUUAACAGUUAACAGUAAUCUACUAUCUACAUCGGCGGCAACAGCAGUGAUACUUCCCGAAAAUAAUAGUGACGCUACCACACAUUCUCGAUCAUUCUCAUCUGUCGAUUUUGCCAGUCUCAAUGGCGCUACAGUGCUCACCAAUCUAGCCCAUCAUCAUCAUUGCCAUAUGUUACAAACCGCUGAAUAGCACCGUAUCAUCCUUUAUUGUUCCACCGUCC